GAGAGCAUUGCCGACGAGAUGCCGGUAUCUGUGAACGUCUAUGUUGGUCAACUGGAAUUUCAGCAGGAAAAAAGCUUCCUGUAAGCGCGCAAGUGGAGUGACGGAAAGGGGGGAGAGCAACCUCACAAAGUGAAAUGAUCAUGAUCGGGAAUAGCCUAUAGAGAUCUUUUUCUCUCAUGAGUAGUGUUCAUACCGCGUUUUCAAUUAAAGACAUGGCAGGUGAUCCUCGAGGGACAAGUUCUUACGUCUGCGAGCGAGAAUAAAAAGUGAGCGGCAGCCUGAUAUAAGAGACCUGACAUUUCAAAGGCGCACAAGAGUUGCGGAGCGAGCCCAGCAAUAUUUUUUUCCACCAGCAAAAAAUUGGGUGAAGGAUAAUAAGAAGAUGUCCAAACGUUCAGCCCACAUACAACUAUAACAAACAGAUGUUACGCUCAUUUCUUUUUUUCGGUCCAAUAGACCUUUUAAACCAAGGAAUUACAUGUAACAUGACGGAGUGACUUUAUCUGGCUCGGUUUCUUUGCCGUUUUAACAUCGUACCUUUACUUGGACAUCAAAGCUACAUACUAUUUGCGGCCAGGGGCAAUACUAGAAGGCUUCCUAACCACUUUCAAACUAUUUUCAGUACCCUUCACUGCAUGAACAACUGCUCCAAAAAGAAAAGGGUCUAGUGAAAGUCACGGCAGCAAAAGAGAAGGAACUGCGGUAUAGCAAUGAGCGGACAGCCCAAGUUUGUAAUUAUGGGGCUCGUGCUGCUAAUAUGCACUACUACUCUGCAGUGGGCAGAGAGCACGCCCGCCGCAACAGCCCCCACGGAAGCGAGGGAUGACAAGAGCCUGCUUAGGCAGAUAGUGGACAUCGUUAAGCACGUGGAGGAUAGACGCGGCGAGAGAAGCGCGGAAACAGCAUCACAGUCGACUUCGAGGAAAGAAUCCCCGGGGGAGCCAAGGGAAUCACGCAACCACAAAUCAGAGAGCGGGGAUCAAAUUAUCGAAAUCUUCCCCAGAGAUCUCAGAAAGAAAGAGAAGUUUCUAAAACAUUUAACAGGUCCUCUGUACUUCAGUCCUAAGUGCAGGAAGCACGUGUACAGGCUUUACCACAAUACUAGAGACUGCACAAUCCCAGCAUACUUCAAAAGAUGUGCGAGGCUUCUCACACGAUUAGCAGGCAGCCCGCGAUGCACGGAAGGGUAGCACAAACAGAGGUUAAAGCCAAACCAGAGCUAUGUAGAAGAGCCCUGAAAAAAAGUGCCUUGGACAGUAACAGGGAAACAGAACAAACUCCAUCCAGUCACGCCAUUCCGUACCGUGUCCUCCAUCAGAGAGUUGUGUUUAUCUAAAGGCAUGGAUUACCUCUCCUAGGUCUGGGGCCCCAAGAGGCCUGCUGCCACUGGCCCUUAGAAGGAAGCAUCCAGAAGACAGUGACCAAGAUAAUACAGGUGAAGAGAAAACGAAUUAACAAGAAAACAUGGCAACAGGGCCGUAGCCCCUGCUGGCUGCCAGAAAAAAUAUGACUUCUCCCCUCUUGUUUUUCACCAAAAGAAAAGGGAUAGCUUUUUUUUGUUGCCUUGUUUGUUUCUCAAUGCAAAGUUGAUUGAGGAUAUUUUUGUUGUUGUUGUUGUUGGGGUUGCGUAUGACUUGUAUUUAUGUACUUCUGCCAUCAUCUCUUGUAAGCCGCACAGCCUAUUACUGGACAAGAAGUUCUUUAUCAGACUCUGCAGUCACCACAUUCUUACACCUACCUGAGCACACACUGAAAGUAUGAUUAACUUAUUAACUGCAUGAGCAUUCCCUUGCCCCUUCUCUUUGCAGGACAUGCAUACAAAAACAAGAGAGACAAAAAAAUAGUGCUGGUUGCAGUCAAAUGUGUGCUAUACUGACAUCAUCCUGUGAAUCUAAGUUGUGUGAUACAUAGUAUAUUUAUAUACUCUUUGUUGUCACAUGUUCAUCUGUACUUUGUGUACAAACAUUCUAACCAGUGUGCAAUAUGUACAUAUUGUCAAGACGAAAAUGCAUAAAAGGAAUUCAUAUGACGACCAUAAAUUAAAGAGUCUGACAUAUAUCAACUGGGUGUUGAAAAACAUUUAUUUAAAAUGAAAUAUAUUUAAAUAAAUUAUAAGAUUGGUACAAAUAUGAGUGUUUUCUUUCUUGUGUCCAAAGUGUCAAGCUCUCAACCUCGUUCUGAAAGGCAAGUCUGUAUGUCUGAAUAAGUUUGAACUACUUUGCCAUUUCUGUAACACAGAGAGAAAAGACAACCCUGAAUAUGUGGACACUGGUCUGCUUUGGAAACUCAACUUUAAUUUGUGCUUAAAAGACCACUGAAUGAAAGAGUUUGUCUUCUCAGAUCCACAUAAUCAAUAGGCUUUCUAAACUGCUAAGUAAAUAUUUGUGAGAAAAGUUGGAUUUGAUUUAGCUAAAAUGACAAACUAACCAAAAACUUUAUGUUUGUUGACCUGCAAUAUCAGUGUGGUAUAGACCAUAUUCCCUAGUGGCAACAUGUGUUUGUUUAAGUUUGUUAACACAGCACACAACUCUA